AUGCGUUCAAUUUUCCUUGCGGUGCUGGGCCUGAUGGCAACAUCGUCACUCGCGGCUCCCAGGGUAGCCGCUCAGGAGGGCAUCAGUGCUUUCGACGCCAUGGCCAAGUUGAAAUCCGUACCUCUGGGAUAUGUCCACAUCGCGGACGACGGUGUGGCACGAGCUUACGACGAAAACGAAUCCGUCAUUGACUAUGUUCCCUUGACCAAUGACCAGCUCAAGCAUCUGCUUCAGAACCUUCCCGAAGCAUGGAAGAAGGAAGAGGAUCAUUUGCACGCUGUCUUCGAUGCUGUCGACGGACGCGAAGCCAACCUUGCACCAGUGGUGAUGCUUGUCGGUUCUUGGGCUGCCGGGGCUGUGCGCAGAUUGAUGCUGCCUUACCAGGAGGAGGAGGUGUUUGCUUUUAGUGAAAAGAUUGGAACCUUUCUGUUGCCCUACACCUUGCCAUCUUCCUAA